CUCAACCUCGCCAUCUCACGCGUGCACACACACUCAUGCUGAUUGGCAACCAAGGACGGAGCACCCUCUCUCCCGAACCGGCAACCAGGCGGUUUGCUCGCGCACCCGGGCUUCUUGACACUGAGUUCAGCUGAGGAAGAGGACAAGGAAGAGACCAUGGAGCACAGCCACAUCUUCCCUGUUUUUUCCCCAAACGGGAGCACCUGGAGCUCGGGGGAGCAUCCCUCUGAGGUUGCCCAGGGAUGCCCUCUGGGACCGCUGCCCGUCAUCUACUACAGCGUCCUGCUCUGUCUCGGCCUGCCGGCUAACAUCCUGACGGUGGUCAUCCUGUCCCAGCUGGUGCUGCGUCGUCAGAAGUCCUCCUACAACUAUCUCCUGGCUCUGGCCGCCGCCGACAUCCUCGUCCUGCUCCUCAUCGUCUUCGUCGACUUCAUACUGGAGGAUUUCAUUUUGGCCGCGCCGCUGCCUCCGUCGCUCAACAAUGCGGUGCAGGUUCUGGAGUUCUCCUCCAUCCACACCUCCAUCUGGAUCACCGUGCCGCUCACCAUCGACCGCUACAUCGCUGUUUGCCACCCGCUGCGCUACCACACGGUGUCCUACCCGGCCCGCACACGGAGGGUGAUAUUUGCCGUGUAUAUCGGGUGCUUGCUCUCUGCAGCUCCGUAUUAUUGGUGGCCGGAGCUGUGGCACAGCCUGCAUGGGGUGGCCAGUGGUGGUGGAGGAGAAGGAGGAGGUGGAGGAGGAGAGGGCAACAGGAGAACCGUGGCCCAGCAUGUCCUGGUGUGGGCUCACUGUGCCACUGUCUAUCUCCUCCCCUGCACUGUCUUCUUCUCCCUGAAUGCCGUCAUCGUCCGCAAGCUGCGCAGGCGCCGCAGCUGCUUCCGUCUGCGUGGCUACUCCACCGGCAAGACCACCGCCAUCCUCCUCGCCAUCACCUCCAUUUUUGCCGUUCUGUGGGCGCCACGCACCCUCAUGAUCCUCUACCACUUCUACUCCCCUCCCCCCGCCUCGCGAGGCGCCGGCCGACUCCUCCACAUGCUCACCGAUCUGGCGAACAUGCUAGCGUUGCUCAACACCGGCGUCAACUUCUUCCUCUACUGCUUCAUCAGCAAGCGUUUCCGGGGCAUGGCAGCCAACGUGCUGCGAGCCCUGGUCCACUGCAGGAAGCAGCCGCCGCCGUUCUACGCCAGCCACAACUUUUCCAUCACGAGCAGCCCCUGGAUCUCACCAGCCAACUCCCACUGCAUCAAGAUGCUGGUGUACCAGUACGACAAAAACGGGAAGCCCAUCUGUAUUUCCUCAUGAGUCCUCCGCCACCAGCAGUCAAUCGUUUGGGGACAUAUUUGGGCUCCGUCUCCUGGGUGACCAGCUUUUCCCACACGAGACUCUUUGAGGCUUGAAAAUGUCAACACGCCCGGAGAGCCCGGAGGUGAAGGUUUAGCUAGCUUUGAGCGAUAACAAAGUGGAAAAGCAAACAGCGGGUAUUCACAGUAUUCACAUAAGCAUCAAAUAGAUGUUGAUUGUUUCCUCCAUGCAAAAAAAAAAACCUAGUGUAAAUGACUGGACUGACGCUCGAGUGAGAGACUCCACGCUCACAGGCCGAUGAGGGGGAUGUGGAAACCAUCCAUCACUGACUUUUAUGAGCCGCAGUUUGUAACUGAAGCAUAAAUGGACAACUAGAUGAAUCCUGGGUGAGGCGUCAAACACGUGGUGACAUUGGUUUUUCUCUUCGCCGCCGGCUGAACAGCUGCAUCCUUUGGUCCACUGGGAGUCAUUUCCAGGAAGAGUCUGGGCACUAAACAUCUCACCUGGAGGGGCAAUUCACUCAGGCAGAGCCACCGACGGUGCGUCCACUGCCCGCAGUCUGUCUCUUAAGCAAUGUAAAACAGCGCUGUCGUUUCCAAUUUAAUAUGCAGAGGAGUCCAGCAGGCAUGUUCAUUUUGGGCUUGUAUAAAACAAAACAGCCCCUUCAAGACUUUUUCCUCGUACGUGAGCUCAUCCUCGCAGCGCGACACAGAUUGUCGUAGGACGAGUAGACACUCUGCUUAUCGUUGGUUGAAUAUUUAUUAAUGGUAGACUUGACUGUUAUUGUAGCUUCGCAAAAAUACAAGACAAAAAAAUGACUUUGGGAACCUCAACGCCAAGUUAUCACUAAUCUAGUAAUCAUAUCUCUAUUAUUAGGUAGAGGAAAUUUCUGCUAUUAGUAGAUAGUCCUCUAUUAACUAUUGAUGAUCUUUGAUGACUUACUGUUAGCCAUUAUCUGGAUGAAUAUAAUGAAUGUAACAUCUCUUUAACCCUUUAUCUUUCUGAGAGAAUGAGAAAAAGACAGAAAGAGAGAGAGAGAGACAGAGAUGACAGAAAAAUGUGCCCUUCUUCCCAUCAGUUUGUUUUCCCUCGUCCAAGGUUUUCUGUCCCAUAAUGCAGCAGUGAAUCUGGCCUGAGGGCCACGGUGACACAUUUCAGCUCUGCUCAUUCUGCCGCUGGCUGAUGGCCGCUCAGUAACAUUUUACACCAGCACACAGUCACGUACAUCAGCUCUGUCUCGGUGCUGCCCGAGUCCUGCCCGGUAACAAACCAUAAAUGUGAACACACACACCCACACAUAGCACACACACACACACACACACAGUGAGCACAUUGAGAUCAAUGCACAUCCAUUCUGCAGACACCUUGGGGCAUUAUCAGUGUUCAUCUAUCUAGUGAGAAUGGAGCUGAGCCAAAGGGCAGAAUUCUGCUAAUACCUGCCCGGAGUGAUCAGACACACCGGGGCUCCUUUGUAAUGGAUACGACUUUAAAUCUGAUGAAUGUGAGGCAUGUCCGUCACAGCUGAUAAAGUCGUGCCCUCCAAACUCUUGUUCGACACUCAAGCGCUCGAGACACUUCAGGGUGUGUUCGCUCUUUCUCUCACUAUAGCAAGUAUUACAGUAAAAACUACCGCCUGCAGCUGGAAAGCAGUACAUGGGUUUUUUGCGGUAAUUUUCGUGUCCUUUCACCGACCAACUCCUUUGGCAUCUUUUGGCAUGUGUUUAUCUUAGUUUUCUGGCUAAUUUGGGGUCAAUAAGAAUGUUGCAACAUACAAGUGUUGUUUUAACCUUAUGCUGACCUACAUUGAAUUUGCUUGAUACUGAUUAUUUCAGGAAGUGAUUGAUUAUCUUCACACUGUGGCAGCAGGGGAGACCAAUGUCAAUACUGAAAAACCUGUUGAGCUAUUUGGAUACAGUUUUGAUAUUGGUAACGUGUACCUGUGUCCUACUUGUUAAAGGACAAGUUCACCCAAAAAAAAGAACUAGUUGUCAAUAUCGUCUCACCCCCAUGCCAAUGUAAAGUUUCGUAGACCACAAAACGUUUCCGGAGCUUCACAGCAAAACUGUACUCUCCUGAUCAACCAAAGUAGAUGGGGACUUGUUCUCAAAUAUAAAAAACACACACCUCAAAAAACAUAGCAUGGUUUCAUACAGCUCUUCUGGUGCAAUCCAAGUGUCCCGAAUCUCUCAAGAUCCGAAAUUGAUUUGAAAAGAUGUUAAUUACGCCCUCGACACACGGUUGAGCUUGUGCACCCACAUCACACGAGAUGCCUGCUGACAUUCUCAGCUCCUUUUUACGGUACAAAAAAAACAUCCCUAUCCAUUUCAGUGGUUUAGGAAAAAGCUUCACCAGGAUCAAAAAGGGAGAUAGAUCUACUACACUUCAAGCACCCAAGUUUUUACAGUUUAAAAAGCCAGUGCCACAUGUUGGCACAGAUUCUAACUGUUGGUUUAUGUUGUAGUCUUUUCAAUUUAUUUUCCCAUCAGAGAUUUUCUUUAACUGGACUAAACCCUAAUUCUCCAAUUGCCAAACUAUUUCUUAUUCACCUCCGUUUGUGCACUCAGACCAGCCUCCGCUCUGCUUUAAUUCCAAUUCCUUUGUUCCUCCACAAAUUGAUUUUCUUCAGAGCUGCGAAGCGAACAAGCGACCACAGCCUGCCACUCGCUCCUCGCCUCCUUCACUCGCUUCUCUUCCCACUCGUCCCCCUUUUCCUUCCACUUUAUGUCAAACGCACUCGCUCCGAGUUAAUUUCACAAGAGUCCCUUUUUGUAUUCGUUAACUGAUUACCUUGAAGUACUUUCUGCUCCGUGUGCAUACUGAGCAUACCGCGCCACCGUUUCUCAUCAGAAAAUUGACCCAGGCAGUCGGGGACCUUGAGUUGCAGCUGGUGGAUGGUUAUGUGAUGGAGCUACGGCCGAAAGGUCGAUAACCAGGAAUCACUCAGCGAACUCCUUGACUCCCAGUCCAUUAAAGUCGCGCUCUCAGCAGGACGUAACAUUUCAUUUAGUGUAAAGGAAAUAACAUAUGUUCUUCAACUAUAAUCAAUAGAGCCUAAUGAUAAGUGUGUGAUCAUUAAGAAACUGAGCUCAUGAAAAAAAAAAUAUAUAUAUAUAUUUGGGCUUCAGCCUGAGGAGCUCAUGCCGGAUCAAUGUUGCCAUGACAUUAAUUCCACGUGUUAACCCCAUCCAGCGAGUUUCGGCUAUGUUAAUGUGACAUUUGUGCGAGAGCCAGCGCCUCGUUCCCGAGGCCUCCAGGGAAAGAAUCGGGCAUGCUGGGAAACCAAAGUGAAAAGGGGGAUGAGCAGGGGGCUCGGAAGAGUGUCACGUGCAGGUGUCGCCUCGUCUCCCACGUGAGGAACUCACUCAGGAGCAGGUGGGAGGGUGUGUGUGUGUGUGUGUGUGUGUGUGUGUGUGAGGUGGGGGAGGUGAUGGCAAGAAAUCUUAUGAGAAAAAAAUAAAGCCCAGGAUCUGUAUUUUCUUCAGCCAGAUAUUAAAAAGAUAACCACACAUAAAUCAAUCAAUAAGAUUAUAUUUCCUCUCUCGCACGUCCUCUCCGUCCCUCUCUCUACCUGAGUAGCUCUACAGUGUGUGUGUGCGUGUGUGCGUGCGUGUGUGUACAUAAUGUCUGUGUUAGACAGAGAGAAGCUUUAAAAAAAAAAGUAUUUGUGCCAUAGGACCUGUAAUGUAUGAAAAUCAAAUAUGUAUUUAUACUCAAUCAUGACAACUAUAAUUAAAUACAGCACAGUAUAAAAAUGAUAUAUUCAUGAAUGUAGAACCGACGCUUCUGGCAUCUUUGUUGGUAUUUUUCUGAUUGUGAUUUUCUACACGAUGACCUUUUUUGACUAGUCUUUUACCUUUUUCUCCAUGGCAGUGUUUCAAAACUGUGGUUUUUUCGAUCGUACUGGAGUGAUUAUAGGCUUGCGUAAUUCGGUUUUGUUUUUCUCCUCCUAUUGAAUGUAAUGACUGUAUACUGAGUAUGUAUUACCGUGCUGUGAGAAAGUAUGCAGAAAAGUAUUGGCUGAUAUCAAUAUUUUUGAUUAAAGAAAUAAA